UAUUAUGCUGAUGCUAAUGAAGCAGAAUCUUGGAUGAAGGAGAAGAUGCCACUAGUUACAAGUGAUGAUUAUGGUAAGGACGAGGGCAGUGCUCAGACAUUGCUGUCCCGACACAAUAGACUUGAGGGCGAGAUCAAAACAUUUGGUAGUGAGAUUAAGAGACUUGAUGAACUUGCUCAACUAAUGACAAAGGCUGCCAGCGAACAUAAUAUAAGUCUAGAAAAGUUUAAACCAGCGGAGAAUGGACAGAAGUCAGAUGAUGAAAUGUAUGAAGAUGAAGUUGUUGAAAGACCUCAUGAGAUUGAUGUUGAAGAGAUACAUGAGAAGGAAGUGUUACAAGAUUAUGUAGAAACUCGUAAAAUACCGCAAGUGAAAGCUGCUUACACUUACAGAGGACAGGGGAUGACGAUAGAAAAAGGGGAGGUCAUGACCUUGAUCCAGAAAACAAACAACGACUGGUGGCAGAUUAGGAAGAGUGAUGGGACAGAAGGUUUUGUACCAGCAAAUUAUGUGAAGGAAACUGAACCAAAGGUCGUAAAGAAGGUCGUACAGAAACCAGUGAAAGUCCCGGAAAAAGUCAUAGUGAAGAAAACUGUUAUGAAGAAAGAAAUUGUGAAAACAAAAGCAGAGAAGCCCAGCACAUUAAGAAGAGCCCCUUCAAUGAGAUCAAAGUCCAAUCUCCACUUUGACAAAGAAAAUGUGGAAUCACGACAGAAGGGAUUGACCUUGACCUUUAAUAAACUACUGAAGCUUGCUCAGACAAGAAGAAUCAGUCUUGAAGAUGCCAGUAAGUUGUUUAAAUUCUACCGGGAGUGUGACGAGUUUGAAACUUGGAUGAAAGAGAAAGAACUUCUCCUUACAAGCAAAGAGAGCCUCUCUGAUAAUAUGGAUGCUGUAAGAAAGAAAUUUGAGCAACUCCUAACCAAUAUAGCGGCAAAUAGUGGCAGACUGUCCGAUAUCAACAAAUUAGCAGAUGACAUUUUGAAACGGGGAACCAGUCAAAAAGAUCAGGUUAAAAAACGGCAGAAGGAGAUUAAUGACAGAUGGGAAAGACUCAAUAAGCUAAAAAUGGAUAAAGAAAAGAAUCUCCAGGGAGCCUCUAGCAUAGAGUUGUUCCAGUCUACAUGUGAUGAGCUAGUUGAAUGGAUUAAAGAAAAGGACAAUGUCCUAAGUGCCACUGAUGAUCUUGGCAAAGAUCUGAAAGCUAACCAAGCACUCCAAAGGAAACAUGCUAACCUUGAGCGGGAACUUGUACCUGUCCAAGAAAAAAUGAACAGAAUGGAAUACUUAGCUGGAGCGGUAAAAUCAAGUUACCCAGAAGAAUCGGGAUAUGUUGACAAAAGGAAGGUAGAGCUGGACAAAAUGUGGAAAGAUCUUAUGGACAAGGCCGCAGACAGGAAGAGAAAGUUAGAGGAGGAGGCAGAGAGAUUACAGUUUGAUGAUAGUGCUAAAGAACUGUCAAGUUGGACAGGGCAGACUAAGGCGAAACUGAAGAAUGCAGAAAUACCACAGAGUGUACAGGCUGCAGAGGAUUUACUGAAAGAUCAUAAAGACUUAGCAGAAGAUAUAGAUGCUCAUAAACCUGUAUUUGAGAAGGUUGAAGCACUGGGGACAGCCGUGCUGGGUAAGACACCGGGUGCUACUGAUGUUAAAGAUAAGAUGAAGAAAUUAUCAGAUGAUGAACAUGCUAUUGAUGAUAUGUAUCAGAAACGUCUCAAAGAUUUACAAGAUGCUUAUGACUUGCAGUUAUUUAACAAAGAAGCAGACCAGAUAGACUCAGUGACUGGUAACCACGAGAAGUUCCUCAGUCGGUCAGAUCUUGGAGCUGAUGUUGGUGAUGUGGAAGCAUUGUAUAAGAGACAUGAAGAUCUAGAGAGUACACUGCAGGCUCAGGAUGAGAAACUGAAGAAUCUGAAUGAUCUCGCUGAUAAACUUAUCGCUGAUGACCACCCGGACAAAGAUCACAUUGAUAAACGUCGUAAUGAGGUGUUGGCACGGAGACAAAAGGUCAAAGAUCAGGCUGCAGAGAGACAUAAUGCUCUACUUGGCUCUCAGGCAUUCCAGGAGUUCAAACGUGACGCCGCAGAGUUAUCACAAUGGAUGAAAGAAAAACACAAGACAGCAACGGAUGAGUCAUACAAGGAUCUGACCAACCUGAAGGAGAAAUUGAAGAAACACGAAGCAUUUGAGCUGGAACUGAAGGCAAACAAUGCCAGGCUUAAUCAACUUAAUGAGCAAGGGAAUGCUUUGAUAGAAGAUGAGCAUCCAGCCACUUCUGAUAUACAGACAACAUUAAGGGAUAUGAACAAACAGUGGAAGGAUCUGUAUGAUAAAUCUAUGGACAAAGGUCAGAAAUUACGUCAAGCAGCAGAUCAACAUGAUCUUAAUAAGGCUCUUGCUGAUGCCCAGAACAAGCUGGAUGAGAUGGAGAAAUCUGUAGCUAACCCAGAUGUAGGGUCUGAUUUACGUGGGGUCAAAGACUUACUCAAGAAGCACCAGGGGCUAGAAAAUGACCUCCAACAAUUAGAUGAUCAAAUUAAAACCAUUGUGGACAAAGGACAAGCUCUUGCAGAUGCAGGCCAUUUUGAUAGAGUAGGAAUUCUCAAAGCUGUUGACCAGUUUCAUAAGAGGUUUGAGAAGUUGAAACCUGAAGUUGCUAACCGUAAAGUACGUCUACAGGAUUCACUGCACUUCCAUCAGUUUAGAUUUGAUGUGGACGAGGAGUUACAGUGGAUCAAGGAGAGAAUUCCAGCUGCGGCAUCCACAGAGUACGGGAAAAGUUUGACGGAUGCUCAAAACUUGCAGAAAAAACAACAGAAACUUGACCUUGAGAUCCAAGGUCAUCUACCAAUAGUAGAGAAGGUUCAAGGUCGUGGUGACAAGUUGAUAGAGGAGAGACAUAUAAAUGCUAAGUCAAUAAAAGAUAAACUACAAGAAUUACAGGUGUCUUGGGACGAUUUACUCAACAAAGCAAAAAUACGCAAGAAAAAUUUAGAACUUUCUGUACAGAUACAGAGGUAUUUAUCAGAGGUAAAUGAAAUAGAGAACUGGAUAAAUGACAAAACAUCGCUGGCAUCUAGCACAGACUAUGGUAAAGAUGAGAACGCAGCCGACAAAUUGUUGGCCAAGAACAAGGUAUUAGAGACAGACAUACAGACAUACCAGGGUAUCGUAUCUGGUGUGGACAGAGAGUGUAAAAGGUUGUUUAAAACCGGUUGUCAGGAUCCACAAUCACUCAGAAAAGCUCAGGAUAAUUUACAAGAGCAAUUGAACAAAUUAAAACGUUUAGCUGCAGAGAGAACUAAGAAUCUCGAGCAAUCCAAAUGGAUGCAUGCUUAUCUAAGAGAAAGUGGUGAUUUUGAGGAAUGGAUAAAUGAACAAAUGCAGACUGCUGCUUCAGAGGAGUACGGACAAGAUUAUGAACAUUUGUGUAUAUUACGUAAUAAAUUUGACGAGUUUAAGAGAAACGUUGAGUCCAACCAGGAGAGAUUUAGUCGGUGUGAAAGAAUGGCAAAAUGGCUCGUAGAAGACAAAGGGCCGUACACGAAACAGGUACUAGAACGUCAAGAUCAGCUGAAUGAUGCCUGGAACCAGUUACUAGAGCAGAUAGAAGCCAGGGACCAGAAACUGUUUGGUGCUGGAGAGAUCCACAGAUUUAAUAGAGAUGUUGAAGAUGCUUUGACUAGAAUACAGGAGAAGUAUCAGAGUAUACCAGAUGACCUUGGGAGAGAUAUCAACGCUACCCAGAGCUACCUGAAGAAACAUGAAGGCUUUGAAAAUGAACUGAUAGCCCUUGAAGCACAGAUUCAAGUUUUGAUAGAUGACUCGACAAGAUUACAGCAGACAUACCCUGGUGAGAAUGCCGACCAGAUAGAACAUCUCCAGGCUACUGUUGUUGAAAACUGGGGAAUACUGCAGGACAGGGCGGCACAGAGGAAAGAUGAGCUAAUGGCUGCUGCAGAUCUGCACAGGUUUAAUUCAGAUGUACGUGAUCUGAUCAGUUGGUCGAAUGAGAUAGAGAGAGAAAUGACAGCUGAUAAGCCUGUACGUGAUGUAAACAGCGUGGAUCUUGUACGAACCAGGCACGAAGAGCUCCGUGCAGAGAUAGAAACUAGGCAGGAUACAUUCAACACUGUCAUUAGAACAGGCGAGGACAUGGUGGAAAAUGAUCACUAUGCCAAGGAAGAGAUUCAGGAGAAGGUAGCACAGGUUAAAGAAGCACAGGAGAAGUUAAACAAGACCUGGGCUAACACGAAAGAUUACCAUGAUCAACUAUAUGACUUCCAUAUCUUCUUGAGAGAUGCUCAACAGCUUGAUAAUACUUGCUCUUCUCAGGAGGCAUAUUUGAGCAGCACAGAUUUCGGGACAGCUGAAGAUCAAGUAGACAUACUCAUCAGAAAACAUGAAGCUUUUGAAAAUAAGCUGACACAUCAAGAAGAGAAGCUGGAGGCUAUAAAAGAACAUGGAACACAGCUGAUGGCAGCCAAACAUUUCGAGGCUCCAAAGGUGGAACAAACUCUUGAAAGCAUUGUGUCAAGGCAAGGUCAAGUACGUGACCUCAGCGGUCAAAGGAAACGAAACUUGGCAGAUUCACUUUUAUAUGCACAGUUUUGUAGAGAUGUCAUGGAGGCGGAAGGUUGGAUAGAUGAUAAAUUGAAGGUAGCAAAUGAAGAUAACUUUAAAGAAGUCUCCGACUUACAGGGUAAAAUGAGGAAAUUACAGAAACAUCAGGCUUUCGAGGCAGAAAUUGUUGCCAAUACAGACCGCAUUGACAAAAUUAAACAGAUGGGUGACAAGCUAAGAUCACUUAAACAGCCUCUUGGAGAGAAUCUGGUUCAGAAGCGUCACAUAGCGUCUGAUGAUAUCCGCCAGACUGUGACCCGACUCAUGUCGAAAUGGAAUGAUCUGCUUAAAGCAUCUGAAAAUAGAGGCAAAGGUCUUGGAGAGGUCAAGGACAUUCUAGAGUUCAACGAACAGGUGGACAAGGUACAAGAUUGGAUCAGAGAAAAGGAGGCAUUGAUACAUGCAGGAGAUCUGGGUAGAGAUUAUGAACAUUGUGUUGAACUACAGAAGAAAGCUAACGACCAUGAGUCGGCUGGUAUAACUGUAGAUGAGAAGAGAAUAAACAGUAUCAAUGCAUUAGCUGACAAGCUGAUCCAUCAGGGACGAACGGACACAAGUGCAGUCAAAGAUAAAUCCAAUAGUAUGAAUCAGAAAUGGAAGGAUCUACAAGGGGCAUUACAGGGUUACAAGCAGAACUUGGCAGCUGCCCUAGAGGUACACUCAUUCAAUAGAGAUGUUGACGAUAUAGAUGAUCGUAUCAAUGAAAAGACGGUACUUCUGUCAUCGGAGGACCUCGGUAAAGAUCUCGAGGCUGUUCAGUCGUUACAACGUAAACAAGAGGAGACUGAAAGAGAUAUGACAGCUCUUCAGAACCAGCUUGAGAAAAUUGAAUCAUUAUCAGCCAAGUUAUGUAAGAAGUACCCAGAUCGUGCUGGUGAUAUCUCAGACAAGCAGAACGAGGCCCUCGACAACUGGGAGAAACUAGAAGAACUUGCCGAUCAGAGAAAGAAAAAACUUGCCGACUCAUACGAACUGCAGAAAUUCUUAUCUGAAGCUAGAGAACUGAUUUCCUGGUCCAAUGAUAUGAUCACUAAGAUGAACUCCGGGGAGAUUGGAAAGGAUGUUGCUGAGGCUUUGACUCAGUUACAGUUACACGCUGAGAGAAAGGCAGAGAUUGAUGGACGUAAACCUCACUUUGCUACAAUACGAGAACAUGGCAACAAUUUAAUUAAAGAGAAACAUUAUGCGCUAGAGGAAAUACAGAGUAUGAUCGGUCAGUUAAACAAGACGAAAAUACAGUUGAGUGCAGCAUGGGAUAAACGCCAACAUCUUUUACAGCAGUGCCAUGAACUUAGGAAAUUCCAAGUUGAAGCUGAACAAGCAGAUGCAUGGCUGGCCAGUAAAGAAGCCUUCCUUACCAAUGAAGACCUUGGUAAUUCCUUAUAUGGUGUUGAAGCGUUAUUGAAGAAUCACGAGAGGUUUGAGAACUUGAUGGAGCAGCAAGUAGAGCAGGUAGAAGAUGUGAGGGAGUUUGCUGCCAAGCUGGAGACACAGAACCACUACGCCUGGGACGAGAUCAAACAACGUAAACAGGCUGUUGAAGACAGAUACACACGCCUGAAGGAAACCUCAUCUGCCAGGAAGACAAAACUGGGAGAUUCCAAAAAUUACCAGUUGUUCUUGAGAAAUCUAUAUGAGGUAUCCACAUGGAUUACAGAAAAACUUCAGAUUGCCACAGAUGAAUCAUACAGAGAUCCAACAAAUCUACAAGCUAAAUUACAGAAGCACCAGGCAUUUGAAGCUGAAGUAAUGGCCAAUCGUAACAGAGUUGAUGCCGUCAUCGCGGAAGGUCAAGGUCUAGUUGACGAGGACCACUAUCAGUCGGAGGAUAUUAAGAAACGAAUGGAGGAGACAGAGAUGAGCUGGCAGGCAUUGUUAGCAGCAAGCUCUGAGAAGAAGGAUAAAUUAACAGAUGCAUACCAGGCACUACAGUUUAACCGUAUUGUAGAUGAUCUAUUAACAUGGAUGGAUGAAGUUGAGAAUCAGCUGAUGUCAGAGGAUCAUGGGAAAGACUUGUCGUCAGUUAAAAAUCUUCUGAAGAAACAUCAGUUACUAGAGGUAGACAUUAACACGCGUCAAGAAAAAGUUCAAGAUGUUACUGAUGCAGCACAGGAAUUCAAAGAAGCAAAACAUUUCUUAAACAAAGAACUUCAGGCACGUGCUAAGGAGGUCAAAGACAGAUAUGACUCAUUGCACGAGCCUAGUAAUAUCCGUCGUGAUAAUCUUGAAGAAGCAUUACUUAUGUAUCAGUUUUAUCGCGAUGUUGAGGACGAGUUGUCUUGGAUACAAGAAAAGAAACCAAUCGCAGAAUCAACGGACCUUGGAAAUUCUUUAGUGGCUGUGCAAAACUUGUCAAAGAAGCACCAGGCUUUAGAAUCAGAAAUAGUGGCUCAUGAACCUUUAAUAGAUGCUGUAGCGAAUGCUGCGCAACAUAUGAUCAAAAGUAAACAUUUUGCUUCGGCUGAAAUUGAGAAGAGAUUAGAUGAAUUACAUUUACAAUUACAACAGUUGAAAGAAGUGUCGUCUGUUAGAAGGAUUAAAUUACAGGAUGCUCUUGAAUCUCAGAAGUUCUACUCAGAAGUAACAGAGGCUGAAUUGUGGAUGAAUGAAAAGAUGCCAUCAUUAACGAAUCCAGACUUUGGAAAGGAUGAAGAUUCAGUUCAAAUGUUACAGAAGAAAUUGGAUGCUCUAGAAAGAGAUAUUGAUAACUUUCAGAACAAUAUAGGUGAACUUUCUGCACUCAGCAGAAGCCUUGUUGACAAGAGCCAUUUUGAUAGUGAGAAUAUUAAAACACAACAGGCUUCAAUAGAGAAUAAAUACAGUGAGUUACAAGAUUUGACAAGUCAGCGAAGGAAGAAGUUAAUGGAGACACGUGCCAUGUUUGAAUUUUAUCGUGAAUGUGAAGAGGUGUCUAUAUGGAUAGCUGACAUGGUUGUGAUAGCUGCAUCUGAAGACUAUGGUCAGGAUCUUGAACAUGUUGAGAUCUUGCAGCAGAAGUUUGACGACUUCAUGCAUGAAUUGACGGCAAGUGAGGACCGUGUUAAAACACUUCAAGGUAAAGCUGCGGCAAUGAUUGAAGCUGAUCACUAUGAAAAAGAUAAGAUUGAGAAAAAGAACACUGAAAUUACACAGAUGUGGGCGGAGCUAAAGGAAGUUACCAAUGCUAGACAGGAGGCACUCAUGGCUGCAAAACAAGUCCAUAUAUAUGGACGUGAUGCAGACGACACUCUGGAAUGGAUACAGGAAAAAGAAGGCGUUGUUUCCAGUGAUAACUUUGGCCAUGACCUUGAAACUGCACAAGCAUUAGUUAGCAAACAUGAAAUCAUGGAGCGUGACCUUGCGGCCAUCAGUGAGCAGGUAGAGUCUAUCACCAAGGAGGCUGAGAGGUUGAUCAGUCAGUUUCCAGAUGCCCAGGAGCAUAUUGCUGCCAAACAUGAAGAAAUGGUACAGGCCUGGAAUAUCCUCGUGGAAAAAGCUGCGAUGAGGAAAGAGAAACUUAACCAAGCGGAACAAUUACAGAUGUACUUCAAUGACUACAGAGAAUUAAUGGCUUGGAUCAGUGAGAUGAGGGCAGUGAUUACAGCCAUGGAGUUUCCUCGAGACCUUCAAGGUGCAGAGGCCAGUAUGUCACGCUGGAAGGAGCACCGUUCUGAGGUGGAUUCGAGAAAAGAUGCUGUAAAUAGGUUCCUACAGACAGGUCAAGUUAUGAUUGAUGAGAAACAUUUCCUCAGUGAUCAGAUUGAAGCAAAAAUUACAGACUUGAAUUCUGCAUGGAAACUAUUACUUUCCACAUUAGAGCAGACAAAGGUCUUAUGUGAACAGAACUUGGAGGCACAGCAAUUGAAACAUGAGAUGGAACAGCUGGAAGGAUGGAUGUCAGUAAGAGAGAAUCAGACCAAGGACAAGAACUUUGGUGAUAACAUUACAAUAGUAGAGGAGUUGUUGAGACGACAGCAGGACUUUGAGAAAACUGUAGAUGCUCAGGAAGAAAAGUUCUCCGCCAUCAAGAGGGCUACAAUGUUAGAACAGGGUGUAGAAGACAAGAACAAGAAGUUUAGAGAGGCCGAGGAGGCGAGACGGGAGAAAGACAGACUUGAAGAGAUGAGAAGAAAGGAACAAGCUAAGAUCAUGGAUAUUCAUUCUGCAGAGGAAAGACGACGCGAGAAAGAUAUGUUGAAAGCACAAGAAAUUUUGAGACGACAAAAAUCGGACGGAGACGAAUCUGGUAGUGAAGAUGAAGGGAGAGGUUUAGACAAGAAUGCUGCAAAGAACAUACUUGGCAGAUCCAGCAGUAUCAAAAUGAACAAGGAGAGUUCAGCAGGUGUAAGACGUGCAAUUAGUUUUAGAACACGCGGUGAAAGUGAGCUUAGUCAACCACCACCUGUCUUACAGAAAGCGAAAGAAUUUAGGCAGGGUGAAGGAGUAAUAACUCCGCCUCCUGAUGAUACUCCACAUGAACCCGCCCCCGACUUACCAGCAGCCCCUCCCCCAGAGAUGUCACAUGAUUCAAAAUCUCCUUUGUCAAAGAAGGAACACAUGUCCCCAUCAAGUCCUAAACAAAAACAUUUAGAACAUAUGAAAAGUGAUGACAAGAAAAAACGGACUGCUAGUUUUAAUUUAAGGAGACGAACAAGAAGUUUCAAAGAUAAACAUAGGCUUCCAGAAAAUUUACCACCCGCAGAAAUGGAAGGUGCUUUAGAAAGAAAACAGGAAUUACAAAGUGGUGGAAAGAAAGCAACUAUUAGAUCGUGGAAAAACUUUUAUGCAGUUUUAUUCGGACAAUUAUUGUGUUUCUUUAAAGACAAAGAUGGGUAUUCAGAAAAAGUGGCUGCUGUCCCUCCACUCAAUGUACAUCAGGCCGUAUGUGAGGUAGCUUCAGACUAUACUAAGAAAAAGCAUGUAUUACGUCUGCGACUCCAUGAUGGAGCAGAGUUCCUUCUGGAGGUACCAAGUCAAAACGAGAUGGGUGAAUGGAUGGGAAAUAUCAACAAGUUUGCUGCGAAGUCGGCAAUGUUUGCUGACAUGGAGUUUAAUCAUAAUGAAGAGGAAGACGACGGAGAAAUGGCACCCAGCGUAGAUACAUCGGAACUUGAUGUACAGAGAUCACCUUCACCUCCUGGUCGAGGUCGAAGUGUUUCACCAACAGAGGGCACUCAUGUGCAAACAAUACCUGAAGAUUCUGUCGUUUCUGAGCCGACCCCCUCCCAUCAGGCAGCCACCGCUGGUUCCCCAAGAAGGCAAGAACCUGGUUCCCCGAGAAGGCAAGAACCUGGUUCCCCAAGAAGGCAAGAACCUGGUUCCCCUCAAAGACAACAUGCUGAGAGGCAAGACAUGAGACGUGAUCAACAUGUAAACAGUCGAGAAACAGCCUCUAGCCAUGAUAACAAUAUGGUCAAGUAUUCAGAUGAACCAAGGAAACGGCCAGAAGCAUCGCCUCGGUCUUCACAACAGCGACCUCUAUCAGAACCAGUGUUGCCACCAGGGGGCACUCCGGACGAACAUGAUGAGAAGGAGAAGAAACGUAAAUCUAUGUUCAGUUUUCUUAAAAAGAAGAAAGACAAGGAGCAUCAUGAAGAGCAUCAUGAAAAGAAAGACUCAAAGAAACAUAAAAAGGAAAAAAUCUGAAAAUUUACAUGAAAUAGACAGGAUUUAAAGGUUAAUAUUGAAAAAUAUAAACAAGACAGUGAAUGUAAAGAGAAAUUUUAACAAUUUCUAGAAGUAUAGUUGAUGUAAACCAUGAUAUAGAAAUUUCAAGAAAAAAGGUUGACAUACAGAAAGAUAGAUUAAAAGUGGCUAGAAAUGUCAAAGGCUUUAGGAAAACAGAACGAUAAAGGAAACUACCUUAAAAGUAGAAGUUCAGGGAAGACAAUUGACUUAUAUAGGAAAGUGAGAACUUCAAUGGUGAAACAUCAUCUUCCAAUCUGAGAAGGUUGCAGGUGAAUUAAACAUUUUGAAAGCAUUGAGAAUAAAAAAUGCACCACAGCAUAUUUAGGACUAUAAUAAUGUUUAUUACUGGAAGAGUAAAAUUGCCACUUUAUGUGUUAUAGGCAGUGUUGCACUGCCAUUCUACUGUGAUAUAACGAUUAUAGUUUAAAAUAACCAUGACAGAAAGGGGGAAGAAGAGAUUUUUUUAUAUCAUAAUUAAAUGCACGAGAAACAGAGCACAAGUUUUAUCUUUCUUUCACCUUUCAAAUUUUUUAAUUGAAUCUGAAAAAAGAAGAUUUUUUAGGUGAAUAGAAUUGAUUUGUAAAAUCAUGCAUUCAGUACAGAAAUUCUAAUAGGGGCCAAGAUUAAAAGUUUUGGUAUGUUUUGUGUUGUUAUACUGGAUUUUAAAGAAAUUAUAUAGGUUAAUACUGACAGUUUACAGACUGUUCACUGAUUGAUUUUGUGUUCAAAAGAAAAUAAAAAUGAAAUUACUGUACAAUGUAUUAGAUUAUCAUUAUGGUAGAUAUGAAGUGUUGGAGAGACAAUUCAAGGCUUAUAGAUAAAAUGCUUAGAUUAUAUAUUGAAAUACUAUAGAAAUAUUUAGUGCCAAUUAUUAUUUGUAUGAAUUUAGAUACAUGGAAUAUAUUUUUGUUUUUUUUAUUGCAGGUGAGCAUAUGUUUUGUUUCUGUUGUUGAAUUUUUUGUUAUGAGUUUUGUUGGUACUGUGCUACGCAUUCAGGAUAUUUAAAUGGUGUCAUGCACUCUUAACCAGCACUCUGUUUGUUUGUACGUUUGUGCAGAUAAUAUUUCUCAUAUAAUAUUGUUUACCUUUUUAUACAAGAGACUUCCAGAAAGAAACACUGCUGAAGCGGAAGAAAAGAAAUUCUUAAAAAUCGAGAUUUUUCUUUUUUCUUUUUCUUUUUUUUUUUUAUGAUUUAUUUGCGUGCUAUUUUGUUUUACUGGUCUAUUCUGUAUGUGGAAAAUGUAUGUUGUUUUUGUUUUUUUUUUUUUAUUUACAUGGUGUUUAUACAGCUUUUUAUAAGGUAAAAUGGCUUAUAUAUUUUAUGCGUGUUUUUCUUAUUUAUAUUCGGGAAUAUUAUAAUUGCACAGUUUGCCGUAUAGUGCUUCUAGGGCAAGGACAUGACGUAAAGUGCUUUAGAGUAUUUUUUUUUUUUUUCUGGGAUUGUAGUUUAUGUGAAUCAAUUUUAGAAAUUGUAAGAUAUUUACGUAUGUUUUGUGUUGUUGAACAUAGAGACAAUAUUUCUGUUGUUAUAUUGUAGUCACUAUGUAGAUAAAAUUAUAUAUGUUAUACCGGUUUAUUGAAUAAAAAGAACACAAUACACAGUUUUACAUGCAUUAAAAUCCAUAAUUUAUUUUUGUAUAAAGUAUAUAGUUUUGUAAAAUAUGAUAUAUUAUGGCCUAAUAGUACAUGACCGAGGUAUAAGAAGAGAUAAAGCCCAGCUGUAAUAUCUCGUAUGUAUUUCUAUUUAUCUGUAAAUGACCAUCAGAUUGCGUUAAAAUUUCAUUCAUUUAAACAUUUAGGAGAUUUCUGGAUUUAAUAUUAAAUUUUUUUAUCUCAUAUCUCUUUAGGGGUUUCUGGAUUAAAUAUUGUAAUAAUUCCUCUUUAUAUUUUUAACAUUUUUUGACACAUGAUGAAAAAUAAUAUUCCAGGCAGGGACCAUUUUAUAUGCUCAAAUAGUCUAGCCUCAACAAAGGGACCAAAGUUGGCAUUCCAACUAUCAAAUAACAUAGUAUUCUCUCUUGAAACUGAUAUUGUUUGUAUAGACCUUUGUUUCAAUAAAAAGAGGGAACAAUAUUUUAAAUUCAAAUUUUUUGGUUAUCAUAUACUUACAUGUAUGACUGAAGCAUUGUUAGAUCUGUUUUGUCUUUUGAAGUCAUAAUUUUUAGAGGACCAGUAUUUUAGAAAAAAUGGACAAAUAUAUUUUUGAUACAGUAUGUUUUUAGAUUACAUUAUGUUCUUUCAUUUGGUAACAAAGGUUAAAAAUUAUUUUUUCUCCACUGUUUUUGACAUUGUGUCAUCUGAUAAGAAUGUAUUAUGCAUACAGUUGGGAGCUUUUUAGGAAAUUUUAACUAGGUACAAUUGUAAAUAAGAAAGGUUUCCUCAAUCUGAUUUUCCAUUGUUAACUAUUUCAUGUUCAGUAAUCCUUGUUCAGUUUGGCACAUGUCAAUUUCAGCAUGGAAUUUCUUUGUAACAUGUGCAUAUUUAAAAAAAAAAAACCUGGUAAACUGUAAUAUACUUAACUUUACAACUGACUCUGAAACUACCAAAAAUUUUGAAAUUUUUUUCUCUUGUAUUUAAAUUUUAAGUAUCUUACUAAAACAACUAAUAUGUAUAAUAUCUUGUAAAAGGUUUUUAGUUCAAGCUUCUCUUUAGCUAUAGAAAAAGUUACAUUUCAAUUAUGUUAGUACAUUAAUACUAAAUAAAUCUUCCAAGGCAUUAAUAUUUUUAUGUCUUGAUUGUAUAGAAACUGUUGUAUAUGCUAUCAUUAUAAUAUGAUAAGGAAGUAUAUGGUGAAGUAUAUAUCAUUUUGUUGUCUUUAUAUUGAAUAUAUAGAUAUUAUGCAAUAAACAUAUUUUUAUAAUGAG